AUGAUUCGUACAGAUGCUAUGCUGAGACAUGAGACAUUGUGUAAAGAUCAAGUAGACGAGACUCUUUGCAAUCGUCGGGACUGCUCUUGGCUGGAAACUCACCUAAAGUGUAGCUCAGUUUCUGGCUGUUUUAAAAUCUUUGAACUUAAUGUACAACACAGCCUUGAUUAUGAUAAAAUAAUUUCCAAUGUCAUAAAAUCUGCUGAGCCUUUCUGUAGGGAUCUAUUAAGUAUUCACCCAAUCAAGGCUCAGAUAGUUCUUGAUCUUGAAUUCUUUCACGAUUCCUACGAAGGAAGAGAGUACGCCAGCAAGAUUUUUAGGUCUAUUGUGGAACCUCUGCUAUUUGGUGACAACCUUGAAAAGUUCUUGGACAGGGCUCAGACCUACCUGAAAGCACAAAUUGAGUUGUACGAACGCCUUGGCUCUGGUUGGCAGUUCAGCAAAUUUAAGAAUACCUGGAUUGAGGUCAGCAAAUACCGACCUUUAUCUGGAGCUGGAGCUGUCGACAUUCCAAAGCUUGUCAAGAACAUGAAGUCCGUUCUCAACAUCACUUCCAAAGAUAAUAAGUGCUUCCUCUACUGUCUACUGGCUAAACUCCAUCCAGCAAAAUGUAAUUCAGGGCGAUACACUAAAUACUUGAAGUAUUUAGAUGCAAUCAAGUUGGGAGAUCUAACUUUUCCAAUGAAGAUAUCCGAUAUUGGUAAAGUUGAGACCCUCAACGAUCUAUCAAUUUCAGUCUUUGAAUGGACCAAGGAUGAUGAUUGUGUAAUUCCUUUACACCAUGGCUCCGGAGUAGGAAGACAGAUUGAUCUUCUUUACAUAAGAGAUGAGUUUACUGGUCACUAUCUGCUGAUAAAGAAAUUCGACGCCUUUAUGCGUCACCGUAGCAAACACCAUAACUCUAUGCACUUUUGCCGACGAUGUCUGCAUGGGUUUACAACCGCUAAUGGACUGUCUAAUCACUCUGAAUUAUGUCAUCAGGGUAUUAAUCAAAUAACAAAGAUUCCUGAGCCUGGAACAGUGACUGAGUUUACAGCCACAUACAAGAUGGACAAGAAGUUAUUUGCAGUCUACUUUGACUUUGAAUGUCUAACGGUACCAGUAGAGGAAGCUGAAGAUAAACAUGGGAAGACUACAAAAUAUCAGCAGCACGUACCUUGCAGUUUCUGUAUUGUCACUAAAUCAGAGUUUGCUGAUUAUGAGGCAGAGACUAUCGUGUACAGUGAUAGCGACCCUAGUAAGCUGAUUGAGAAAUUUCUGGAGGAACUUGACAGGGUAUAUGAAGAAAUGAUGGAUUGCUACGAAACCCAUCAGUAUCCUAUACACAUGACAGCCAAAGAUGAGGAUGCAUUUAUUUCAUCUACUCAAUGUUACAUGUGUAAGAAGGAGCUAGACUGGGAAUCCGAGAAGAAUUACCCUGUCAGAGACCACGACCACGGUAAAAAGACAAAUAAUUUUCGAGGAGCUGCCUGUAACUACUGCAAUAUCAACUUCUUUAACAGAACUAAGAAAAUUCCUGCAUUCUGUCAUAAUUUAAAAUCAUAUGACAUGAACCUGUUUCUAUUGGAUUUAAUCAAGUCGUCUGAAAGAAUUAAUGUCAUCCCUGAAAAUUUAGAAAAGUUUAAGGCUAUUUUCACGGAACAGUUUACUUUCUUGGACAGCUUUUCAUAUUUGUCAUCUUCUCUUGAAAGGCUGGCAGAUGAUCUUAAGACGUCAGACAUAAACGCGUUCAAGCGACUUAAAGCUGAGUUUCCUACUGGUUACAAGUCCUUGACAAACAAGGGUGUCUACUUCUACGAUUAUGCCUCUUCAUUCUCAGUUCUCAGUCAGACUGAAUUACCUCCCAAGGACGCUUUUUACAACAAGCUGAAAGAUGAGGGAAUCUCAGACAGAGAUUACGAAAGAGCAAAAUUAGUCUAUGCCGAGUUUAACUGUAAGAACUUGCAGGACUACAUGGAAGUUUACGUGAAGACAGAUGCAAUUUUACUCUGCGAUAUCUUUGAACACUUCCGAGAACUUUGUCUUAGUUAUUACGAGCUUGAUCCAUGCCACUACGUGAGCCUUCCUGGAUUCACUUGGGAUGCCAUGCUUAAAAUGACUCAAGUCAAGAUAGAACUCAUUUCAGAUAUUGACAUGUACACUUUUGUUGAGCAAAACAUUCGUGGUGGAGUGUGUACCAUCAAUCACAGACACUUUGUUGCAAAUAAUCAGUAUCUAGAUGACUUCAACCCGAAUGAAAAGUCAUCAUUUAUACACUAUGUGGAUGCAAACAAUCUAUACGGGGCAUCGAUGUCACAUCCUUUGCCGAUAGGAAAUUUCAGGUGGUGUGAAGAUAUUGAGAACUUAAACAUCAUGGAAUUAGAUCCUGAUGGUGACACAUGCUACAUAUUAGAAGUUGAUCUAAAUUAUCCUGAAAACCUACACAUCAGUCAUUCCGACUAUCCACUGGCAGUUGAGAGAAAAGUGGUCCUAGAAAGUCAGCUGUCGGAUUUUAAUAGAAGCUUCUUGGAAAAAAUGAAUAAAAAGUUUCUACCUACCACUAAACUCUGUCCAGAUUUGACUAACAAGGUCCAGUAUGUCCUAUCACUGAGGAAUUUACAGCUCUGUAUUAGCGAAGGACUUGUGUUAGAAAAAAUUCACAAAGUUUUGAUGGCGGAUCAAAAGUGUUUCUUGAAGUCAUACAUUGAGUUUAAUUCAAAGAAGCGCUUGGAAUCCAAAUCUAAGUUCUCUUCAGAUUUCUUUAAACUCUGUAACAACGCAAUUUAUGGAAAGUUCAUCGAGGACAUAAGAAAAAGGACUAACGUGUCUUUAGUAAAAGGUGAGCGAAAAGCUCAAAAGAUCAUUGCUAAACCACAGUACCAGGGAUUCCGAGUUUUGGACUCGGAAGUCACCAUGGUCCAGACAUUAAAGAAAGUUGUUCAUCUAAACAAACCAAUUGCCUGUGGGUUUAUUGUCCUGGAGAACGCCAAGUGUAUCAUGGGAGAAUUCUGGUACAAAGUCCUCAAACCUCGCUAUGGUGAUAACUUGAAGCUCCUUUUAAGUGAUACUGAUAGUUUUAUCUACAGCAUCUAUAGUGUUGAUGGCUAUCAAGACCUUUACAAUAUGCGUGAACACAUGGACUUGGCCUCUUAUAGGGAAGGAACUCCCCUGGAAAAGUUUCUGGAUACUAUCAAUAAGAAAGUGCCAGGAAAGUUUUCAGACGAAAAACCAAAUGAGAUCCUUAAGGAGGUGGUGGCCCUAAAACCAAAAAUGUAUUAG